UCUGAAAAGGAAAUGCGACAAUAAAGCCGAUAAUGAUAAAGAUAAUAAUGACAAUAUAAAUCAGGAACAGACAUAAAUUGUAUCUAUUAAAAAAAUCGAUUAGCGAAUGAGCAAGCGAUUUUUGGUGCAAUAGUGUUAAUGGCACGAUGGUAACUCAAUUUGUUUCCGUAAUUUUAUAGAAUUUGCCUAAAUUUAUCGAGUAACAAAAGACCCAUCGCCUUUUGCGUCAAUUAUCUCCCUGUACAUAAAAACACUGUUUAGUUUGCUUUACAGGGGAUAUUUUGUGAAAUAAUUUCAGGUCUCUUUAGGACAACUUCAAGCAUCUUCGCGUUCUUAAACUGGAAACUCCGCCUCCGUGGCUGAUGAAUGUCUAAUUUAACAAAUUUAAGGUAAAACUUGUAUCUUUUCGAGCAGCAGCUGUAAGGAUCCAACGUCACUUUCCCACCUGAUGCUUACCUGGUUCCAGUUCAGUCUUGUUUCUCACUUUUCUCAGUUCAGUUUGUAUUUGACCAGCCGCUGCACAAAGUGCGCUUUGUAGUGGAAGUCGUGCAGGCAACGAUUUGUAACAAUUUAGAUCGUUUCAUUCACUUGAUUUAGUUUAGUCUCCCUCGUCGUGGUUAAUGGGCACAACCAGUGGUUCCGCCGCAUUCACUUCCAUGUUGCUCGAGUAUUGUGCGAGUUUUUGUCUUCUUCGGAUCGACAAUUUGGCGACCUUUUUGGUCUGAUUUUUUGGAUUUACCAGCGACAGCAGCAGAAAACGACAUGGUUUACGACUGUGGUUCCUGUAUGGUGAAAUACGUCCUAUGCGGAUUCAACUUUAUAAUUUUUAUUGCUGGGACCAUAGUCUUGGGAGUUGGAAUAUGGCUUCUAGUCGAUAUGAGCUCAUUUAUCGGACUAUUGAAAGUAGUUCCUGCCGAUAAGCUAGAGACGUUUAUUUCACCAACUUUUAUCCAACAAGUAACAUACGUGCUUAUAGGAAUAGGAGCUUUUAUGUUCUUGGUCAGCUUUAUGGGAUAUUGUGGAGCAUUGAAAGAGUCACAAUGUAUGCUGACACUUUAUGGUAUAAUGCUGAUCGUGAUCAUCCUUGUGGAAAUUACCGCCGGAAUCUUAGCAGCAAUUUACAAGUCCAAGGCCGAAGUAGAAACCAAGAGCAUGCUAAAACUGUCGCUAGAAACAUAUUACAAUGGUACUGACACUCGAGAUGCUGUUACUUUGGCCUGGGAUUCUUUGCAGAUUAGUCUCAAAUGUUGCGGGGUUGAAAGCGGUGAAGAUUAUCAAAACAACAAAGCUUGGAAGGAUCAAAGUUACAUCAUUCCCUCAUCAUGUUGUGCGCUUAGCUUGGAUAAUAAGCCUUUGGACCCCACAUGUACCACUUCACCUAAUGACGUUAAUUCCUACUACCGGUUGGGAUGCUACGAGAAAACAAUCGAAUGGAUACGGGUGAAUAUAAAUAUAAUUAUUAUAUCGGCCGCUGUCCUGGGACUGAUCGAAAUUGUCGGGAUUUUAUUUGCGUUUUGUUUGGCCAAGUCAAUAAACAAGUACGAGAAAUAAGGCGGUUGAAGCGCUUUUCUAUUUUUCAAUUUAUUAGAAAAUAAAAAAUCAGUUUUUAAUUUGGGAGUUUCUACACCUGGUGCGUAUUUCUAUUAUUACGAGUUUGGGUUGCUAUUAUUAUUACACGUUCGUCGGCAUUUUUCUCAAAACAAAUCUAAUCGCAAUUUGAUACACUUUUUUACCGAUUCUGUGAUUUUGAGAAAAUUUGCAUACCUUUUUUUAAACCUUUGAAUUUUCAAAACAUUAUUAUCGUUGACGAUAAUAAUGUUCAUUAUUUGUAUAAACUAAUUAUCACUACAAAGAGUGGGAAUUUCAUGUAGCAUUCACCACCUAUAUUUCAUUGAUGUAAUCAAUUUAGUUUUAUAAUUCAAUACGUUUAGUUCGUUCGAUUAGAUUAAUCAUCUUUAUUUGUAUAUUGUAUAAUUAAAUUAUAAGGAACGUUGAUUCAUCAGUAUUAAAAAAUAUGAUCAAACGAAUUAGUAAUAAACUAUAAACAGUGCCUUUUAAGGGGCCAUGACUUUUUCAAAUAUAAUCUUAGUUUUGUAAAUUCUAGUCAUGACUCAAAUAAUAUUAGGUAAUGUUAAAUUAGGAUAAUAUAAUAAUUAGCAGGGGUUAAGAAUGUGUUCGAGAUGCAUUUACAAGGAAGUAUCUAUUUUGUACAUAGUUUAUUAUAGGAAUGUAGACCUUGAUUUAUAUGUUACAGUUACCUAACUUUAAAUAAAUAAAUUCUUAUACGAA